AUGACCGCGAAGAUGCAACUCCUUCACUUUCUCGUAUUCAUUUUCACCACCACUGUUACGGCUUCAAAUUCCUCGUGUUUUGACGAUGGCAAUUUUCAACGAAGUUGUGAUCCCGACUCAUUCAAGUUCACACCGCACAUGGGCAUAAGCGCUGUUUGCCAGCGGGGCGACGCAGAGAGCAACCUUACUACCACGUUGGGUCUGUCAAAGUGCAUUGCCUACAACAUUAAGGAGAGCAAGCUGGAGUGGAAGAUACCUCCGUCGUGUACGAAUUCCACCACGGUGGAUGAGAAGAAGAUGAAUAGUACACAGGGAAACUUGUGCGGACCAUGGCAGUACAGCAAUUGGACGUGGACAGCAAUUCUGCAGUGCAAUCGUGGAGAUGAGAAGCCGUCUGACUGGUCCUUGUUUACGGGAAUCAAUCUGGCCGAGCAUAUCUUCAAUAGUGAUGGCCGACUGGGAUGCUUUGGAAUGCUCGGACCUUAG